GCUCGUCCACUCUCAGGACAACCAGCACUGAUGAAAUCCAGACAGCACUACCAGAGAUCAAGGCCACCCACCUCCCCACAGCCCCGCCCACCUCCAGCUCCACCUCCUCAGAUGUCUCUGCGGCCGAAAGCAACGACAGUGGCGACGAUUGGAGGGGCAGCGACAACUCCAGUAAUAAAGAGACUAAGAGGACAGGGGCCAAUGGAGGACGGCGGUCCAGCAGCAAGAGACAGCGGGCAGCAUCAUCGGACUGGCCAGUGACUCACCACUGUGUUGUCUGUAGAAAAACUUUCCGCCACAAAGGGAAUCUGGUGAAACACGUGGAGACCCAUGCAGACAACCCUGAACGUCUCUGUGGAGUAUGUGGAGAACGUUUGGAGUCCUCACACGGUUUGUUGGACCAUCUCAGAUCUCACAGAGAAACUGUCAGUGGCGGUGGGAAGUGUCACAUCUGUGGCAAAACGUUUCAGAACAUGGAGACACACAUGAGGAGCCACACAGGAGUCAGACCGUUCAGCUGCGACAUCUGCAGCAAGAGCUUCCCUCGACCCGGAGCGCUGAGGAGGCACAAGAAGAUCCACAGCAGGAGAACCUCCAACAUCUGCCCGGUGUGUGGACUGACCUUCACCCAAAGCCACGUGCUCCAGGAGCACCUGAAGACCCACGAAGAGGACGAUGGAGACCAGAGUGAGGACAUUGAGGGCGAGGACGGUCAGAUGGAGAAGCUGAAUUCAAAGAGAGACAAAGGGCAAACCUCAGGACUAAUGUCGCCUCAAUCGGCCUCACUCUGCUGCAGAGUCUGUGGUGAUUCCUUCCACAGUCGAGGCUUCUUGAGGAAACACGCAGAGACGCACUGCAGGGCGUCUCAGGGCGUCUGUGGCGUCUGUGGAAAGCAGGUGGACUCACCUGACAGUCUGCUAACCCACCUGCAGUCUCACAGAGAGACCAGUGGGAUCUGCAGCAUCUGCGGGAAAAGUUUCCAGAACAUGGAGACGCACAUGCGAAGCCACACGGGGAUCAAACCGUACCGCUGUGGCGUCUGCAACAAACGCUUCCCUCGACCUGGAGCACUGAGGCGCCACAAGAAGAUCCACAGUGGGGAGCGACCAUACACCUGCCAGCACUGUGGGAAGACCUUCAUCGAGAGCAGCACCUUAAAGACUCACAGCAGGAGUCACUCAUGGGAGAUCCACAGUGACGAGGACCCCGGACCUCCAGCGGACUCUCAGAACCUUAAGUCUGAAACCGAGGAAAGUCCAAAUGUCCAAGAGAACACUACGACAUUGACUCAGACCUCUCACUGCUGUAAAGUCUGCGGUGAAUCUUUUCAGAGUAAAGGCGGUUUGAGGAAACACGCAAAGAGUCAUUCAGCUGAGUCUGUCUGUGGCGUCUGUGGUGAAAGUUUGCCGCCAUCAGAGACCCUGACAGACCACCUGCAGACUCACAGAGACGCUGGUAAAAUCUGUCACAUCUGCGGUAAAACUUACCAGAACAUCGAGACUCACAUGCGGAGUCACACCGGUGUCAAACCAUACCACUGCAGCGUCUGUGGUAAAUCCUUCCCGAGGCCCGGUGCUCUGCGGCGCCACAAGAGGAUACACAGUGGAGAGAGACCCUACAUCUGCGAGUUCUGCGGGAAGACGUUUAUCGAUAACGGCGCUCUGACGACGCACAUCAGGAACCACACUGGGGACAAACCAGCGCAUCGUGUCUCCUGCGAGACCUGCGGGAAGAGCCUGGCAUCGGUCCACGUCCUGGAAGUCCACAAGAGGAUCCACACAGGUGAGAAGCCAUUUCAGUGCCGCAUCUGUGGCAAAGACUUCAGGCAGGUGGGAGGGCUGAACGCCCAUAUGCUGACCCACACCGGGGAGAAGCCAUUCAGCUGCAGCCUCUGCAACAAGAGCUUCAGCACCAAAGGAUACUUGGAGACCCACAUCCGGUUCCACAAGAAGGAGCGAGCGUUCAGCUGCCACCUGUGCUGGAAGGCCUUUGUCACCAAGAAUGACCUGAAGAAACACCUGCUGACCCACACUGGAGAGAAACCCUACAGCUGCAGGGUCUGCGGGAAGAGCUACCAGGAGAAACGCUCCAGAGACGUCCACAUGAAGGUCCACCUGGACGUCCAUAUCAGCAAAGAGUCAAUCAGGAGGGAGGACGGUCUGCAGCCAGAGUUCAUGCAACUGUAGAUUUCAUACAGACCAGUGUUUCUACUGGUUUUACAAACUGGUGAACUGACAGUCCAGCAGCUGGUUUGUUGAACUGUCGAACUGAUGAACAGAAAUCUGCUGCUGUGAUCCUUCAGUCAUCAGCAGCGACAGAAAUCUGUUUCAAAACACGAUCCAGAAUCGCAACACAAAUCUUUUUUAACCUUUUAAAGAAUAUUCUAUUUAUUUUUUAAUUUUUCAAUGUCAUAUAAUUUAAAAAUGUUCUCUGUUGCAGCAGCGACAUUACUGAUUCAGAAAAGUGCU